UCAGUAUUAGCCUAGGCAUCUCCGUAGCCCGUAAUCAUUUGCAACAGAGCAGCGCACGUGGAGAACAAACUGCUGCACCGAAUAAACACGCAUCUGUGUUGACAUUUCAGCACAGCGUUCAUAUUCGCCCAGUUCGGAUACAUUUAUGUACACUUUCUGAUUAUUUGCACCAGAGCAAAUGUUACCAGAGGUAUUUUUGACAAGUUUUUCAAAAGACUCGUAAGGAAUAAAAGUCAAGCCGCACCAAAAGACUGUUGAGCAUGUGCUUGGUACAACACUUACACUUUUAAAUUGGGACCCCUCUCCCGCGAAUUUAUAAGUUGAGCCAUUGUAAGUAUGGUGGAUAAAGGUCCUCUAUUGACUUCUGCGAUCAUUUUUUAUCUGUCCAUCGGGGCAGCAAUAUUCCAAGUUCUCGAGGAACCGAAUUGGAAACUUGCUGCAAAACAGUACAAUGCACAAAGGGAUAAAAUACUAGAAGACUACCCCUGUCUCACCAAAGAUGACUUGGACAAGAUUUUGGAGGUGGUGUCGGAUGCUGCCGGACAAGGUGUCACCAUCACUGGCAGCAAGACUUUCAACAACUGGAACUGGCCCAAUGCUGUCAUCUUUGCUGCUACUGUCAUCACAACUAUAGGUUAUGGCAACAUUGCCCCCAAAACGUCAGCAGGACGGGUGUUCUGCAUCUUCUAUGGGCUCUUCGGGGUGCCACUCUGUCUUACCUGGAUCAGUGAGCUGGGGAAGUUCUUUGGAGGCAGGGCCAAGCACCUGGGUCAGUACCUUACCAAGAGAGGGGUUUCACUGCGAAAGGCCCAGUUCACUUGCACAGCCAUCUUUGUCCUUUGGGGUGUACUGGUCCAUCUGGUCAUCCCCCCAUUUGUAUUUAUGUCUCAAGAGGGUUGGACCUAUGUGGAGGGCUUGUACUUUUCCUUUGUCACCUUGACCACGAUUGGCUUUGGUGACCUUGUAGCAGGCGUAGAUCCAAAUGCAGACUACCCCACUCUGUACCGUUAUUUUGUGGAGGUGUGGAUUUACCUGGGUCUGGCCUGGCUCUCCUUGUUUUUCAACUGGAAGGUGCGCAUGGUCGUGGAGGCCCACAAGGCUCUGAAGAAACGACGCAAGCGGCGCAAGCUCUCCCUUAACGAGCUGAGGAACUACAAGGAGAGCCACAAGCCCCUCUACCUGCCGCCCACCGCCAACGACGUCAACAUCUUCAGCUUCCUGUCCAAGAAGCAAGAAGGCUACAACGACCUCAUCAAAAAAAUUGGUGUCAAGAAAGAUGGUGGCGGGGACCACUGUGAUGGUAAUGAUGCCAGUAACAAGGCCAAGGAGGCGAACCGCUCCCAGAGCUGCAUCGACACAGUUACCUGCAACGGCAACACUAUUCUCAGCCUGGACCGCUCACCGCGGCAGAAGCGACGCUACAGCUUCAGUGACCGCGUCACAGUGGCCUUCUCAAAGUCCAAGAACUACCUCCUGGGCUCGGAGAACGGGAUGCUGCUCACAGAGGACCAUGGUGAGGGUGAUUUGGACGGGGACCAGGAGAGCAUGUACGAGAACCAACUGGACAAAGAGGUGGACCAGGACAGCGGAGGUGGCAGCCUGGGCGGUGUUGGAGGUUGCGGUAUGGGUGGUCGACGGCUGUGGGACUCCAAAGAGUACCAGUCCCUGAUCUUCCAGAAUGCGAACAUCACUUUUAUUGACGAGGAGAACGUCCUCAACAACAACCUGGAGGAUGAGGACGAUGAUGCUAAAGCCAAGCUGUCAAUCACCACGUGCGACGAAAAUGUAGAGUCGGAGACUGACUCCAAAGAGGAGCAGGGCUCUGAAUCAGAAGAGUCCGUGUUCACCAGCGAUGGAUCAGAACAUGACCACUCUUAUGAGAAGCUUGUGGAGGAAUAUUCAAAGGAGGACAACACAGAGUCCUGAGGACCUGAACUGGUCUUGACUGAACUAAACUUGGAAUAAUCCCUCCUUUCAUUGCUAUGACAAAAACAUUUUUUUACAAUUUAAGGCAUAGCCACAUUCUCGUUGAACUUGGAUCUAAUGAAGGAGAAAUCUUUUAAUAUUUUGUUAAUAUCAAAGACUGUGAAAUGAACAUUACAGGUUUUAUGUCUAUCACUCUGGUGCAUUUUUUCAGAUGUAAGUGGUAUAUUGCCCGCGUCUUAUGUUCAAAACCUUUCAUUGGAGUUGAACACAUCUUUCAUCUCCGAGUCUUUCAUGCAAUUUUUUCUCAAAUACCAUGAGAACAUUUUGCUUAGUCACCAAUACAUCAGAUAAUAACAGGCUCACCAUUUAGUCAUUUUAACCAACGUUUAAUCCGAUAGCAGAAAAUACAUUACACAAUUUUAAAAACUGAUCUUUUUGAAAUGCUGAAUUGAAGGAAUAAUAGAUCGUAUUGAAGAAUACUGGCUGAUGAAGGAUGAUAAUGGACAAUGUAGUAACUAGGCACUAUACACUUUUGUUUCAGUAGUCUUCAGUUUUGAGCAUGUUAAUUCGGUUAUAGUUAAAUUAAGAAAUUACAAGAUAAUCAUAUAAAAAGUAAUGAAAAGCAGAUACUUGGAGUGGACAAGUGACUGUGAAUUUGUUUGUAAAUGCACUUAGUUUUGAAACAGACAUUUUGAUUAAAUGUUUCGAUUUUUGUGCUAAGAUUGUUAAAGUGUAAUAGAUGCUUUUGAAAAUUGCACCAGAGUGAUUGAAAAAGACGAACAGUCUUCCCUCAAACGAUCAAAUAAUGUGUCUAUAUUAAACAAUGAGUUUAUGAACUUAUUAACUCCUUCUGGUUAUAGACUAAAUGGAGAGACUUAGAUAAAGUUGUCCUACAUUAAUUCACUACUGUUUUCAGAAGAUUUGGUCGACCUAACAUUUGUUUGAAACAAGAUUGAGUUUUUCAAUCAAUUUGAGAUGUUAAUAUGAAAUAGCAAGGGUGAAUACAUUUUUCAGAGGAUUGCUCCUUACUUCUUUGAUUUAUAUUCACCAUAUUGGUGUUUUUUUGGGAUAUUUAUACAAUGAAGGAAAAUGCAGCCCUUUUGUUAAAGGGGCAAUCCACAGUUGCUACAUACAUUUUUGGACUUAUACAUUAUUGAUAUAAACUGAGUGUACAGAACAUUAGGAACACCUUCCUAAUUUUGAGUUGCACCCCUUUUCGCUCUCAGAACAGCCUCAAUUCGUCAGGGCACUACAAGGUGUCGAAAGCGUUCCACAGGGAUGCUGGCCCAUGUUGACUCCAAUGCUUGCCAGAGUUGUCAAGUUGACUGGAUACACAUGGGAAACUGUUGAAGCCCAGCAGCGUUACAGUUCUUGACACACUCAAACCGGUGUGCUUGGCACCUACUACCAUACACAGUUCAAAGGCACUUAAAUACACUGCUCAAAAAAUAAAGGGAACACUAAAAUAACACAUCCUAGAUCUGAAUGAAUUAAAUAUUUGUAUUAAAUAUUUUUUUCUUUACAUAGUUGAAUGUGCUAACAACAAAAUCACACAAAAAUGAUCAAUGGAAAUCAAAUUUAUCAACCCCCAUGGUGGUCUGGAUUUGGAGUCACACUCAAAAUUAAAGUGGAAAACCACACUACAGGCUGAUCCAAAUUUGAUGUAAUGUCCUUAAAACAUCCCUACAACGCCUGGGCAUGCUCCUGAUGAGGUGGCGGAUGGUCUCCUGAGGGAUCUCCUCCCAGACGUGGACUAAAACAUCCGCCAACUCCUGAACAGUCUGUGGUGCAACGUGGCGUUGGUGGAUGGAGCGAGACAUGAUGUCCCAGAUGUGCUCAAUUGGUUUCAGGUCUGGGGAAUGGGCGGGCCAGUCCAUAGCAUCAAUGCCUUCCUCUGGCAGGAACUGCUGACACACUCCAGCCACAUGAGGUCUAGCAUUGUCUUGCAUUAGGAGGAACCCAGGGCCAACCGCACCAGCAUAUGGUCUCACAAGGGGUCUGAGGAUCUCAUCUCGGUACCUAAUGGCAGUCAGGCUACCUCUGGCAAGCACAUGGAGGGCUGUGCGGCCCCACAAAGAAAUGCCACCCCUCCAGCAUGACCGACCCACUGCCAAACCGGUCAUGCUGGAGGAUGUUGCAGGCAGCAGAACGUUCUCCACGCGUCUCCAGACUGUCACGUCUGUCACAUGUGCUCAGUGUGAACCUGCUUUCAUCUGUGAAGAGCACAGGGCACCAGUGGCACAUUUUCCAAUCUUGGUGUUCUCUGGCAAAUGCCAAACGUCCUGCACGGUGUUUGGCUGUAAGCAUAACCCCCACCUGUGGACGUCGGGCCCUCAUACCACCCUCAUGGAGUCUGUUUCUGACCGUUUGAGCAGACACAUGCACAUUUGUGGCCUGCUGGAAGUAAUUUUGCAGGGCUCUGGCAGUGCUCCUCCUUGCACAAAGGCGGAGGUAGCGGUCCUGCUGCUGGGUUGUUGCCCUCCUACGGCCUCCUCCACGUCUCCUGAUGUACUGGCCUGUCUCCUGGUAGCGCCUCCAUGCUCUGGACACUACGCUGACAGACACAGCAAACCUUCUUGCCACAGCUCGCAUUGAUGUUCCAUCCUGGAUGAGCUGCACUACCUGAGCCACUUGUGUGGGUUGUAGACUCCGUCUCAUUUCACCACUAGAGUGAAAGCACCGCCAGCAUUCAAAAGUGACCAAAACAUCAGCCAGGAAGCAUAGGAACGGAGAAGUGGUCUGUCGUCUCCACCUGCAGAACCACUCCUUUAUUGGGGGUGUCUUGCUAAUUGCCUAUAAUUUCCACCUGUUGUCUAUUCCAUUUGCACAACAGCAUGUGAAAUUUAUUGUCAAUCAGUGUUGCUUCCUUAGUGGACAGUUUGAUUUCACAGAAGUGUGAUUGACUUGGAGUUACAUUGUGUUGUUGAAGUGUUCCCUUUAUUUUUUUGAGCAGUGUAUUUUGUCUUUCCCAUUCAUCCUCUGAAUGGCACACACAAUCCGUGUCUCAAUUGUCUCGAGGCUUAAAAAUCAUUCUUGAACGUGUCUCCUCCCCUUCAUCUACGCUGAUUGAAGUGAAUUUAACAGGUGACUUCAAGAAGGGAUCAUGGUUUUCCCCUGGUUUCACCUUGUCAGUCUGUCAUUGAAAGAGCAUGUUUUGUACACAGUGCAUACUCAUUGAUUCUUGAAGAAUAUAACUAUAACAGCUGUCGUACCCCAUCACUAACUUGUUUUACUCUAGUGUUUGUAAACUAUAAAUGUAAACAAACACUUUAGCCUCAAAAACAUGGUUCAAACGAUGUUAUAUCAUGGAUGGUUCGUCCUUGUAUCCAUAGCUCUGCCUAUGAAUUUAAGAGUGGUUACGUUUCCACAUCCCCUCCCUCAGCUUUUUUCCAAAACAGUGGGGGGUUGACUGCUUUGCAACUAUUUAAAUUGCGGAUUGGCCCACUUUAAUUGCAUACUGGCGUAAAUGUCUCUCAUUGCACAAUUUCAUCAACUGAUGAGUGCAGUGUAAAAUCCAUUUCAAUGCAGAUUAAUGUUGACCACCUUAGCCAAGCCCUUGUCCUUGAAGAGGUUGAGUGGGUUUGCAUGCAAUUUUCCCUCUCCCUUUGUUUUCUUAUCAUUUCUUUGUUUCACUAAGUGAAACCCAUGUUUACUUUUAAUGUCUAAGAUUGAUAUUUGUUUGACUGCAUUUUUUAGGGGUCAAAUUCUGAACAUGAAUACCAUUUUGAGAGCUUCCUGAACCAAUUAGAUCCAACCUGGAAAGUGAAACCUUGAAGUGUUUUUUUGGACCAAUGCAGAGUAGACUUGCGUGCAAAAUAGGGAUUAGUGUUCCAUUAGACAUUUCAGCCAAAAGGUGGGAUAUCCAUAAGUGCCCCAUUCAUGUGACGCGUUCUUACACGCUAGUUCUGCGACACGGCACAGAACCACCUUGAGUUUAGAGUCUGGUUUCCUAGUGUAAAGUGUGUUUUUUUUUACUCUCUCACUUUGUCUCAUGGCUUUUUCUCUGUUAUUCUUUUGUAAAAAUGUUAUGGUCCCUUGCCUCUUUUGAAUGUUGAAUCGGCUCAUUUGAAAUGGUCUUCGUAAGGAAUUUCUCCAGUCACAAUAUUCAUUUUCUCACGUAAUCUCUUCUCCUUUUUAUUUACUGUCUCCCUUUUGAGAGACCUUUCGUAUUUGCCAUGUAAACAUUGGAAAAGUCCCCAUCAGUAGCCACCCGCUCUGCAUUGUCCAAGACACGGCCUUGCUACCUGUAUUUACUCUUGGGGGCUCGUGCUGGUGUGAAUGCCUGAAAUGUAACUCAUGUGGGCGGUCAAGGUUAACACGUGACAGCGUAAUGCUCCCCUAGCAUAAGGUUAGUCAUGAGACAAGGAGGCAGAAAUGUCAGUGUUCACUGUUUGUUUUCCUCCGUGUUCAUCCACAGCGAUUGCUCCCCCCCGCACAAAAACCUUACUCUGCAAAUUAUAUAAGUGUUGUGCAAUAUUAAGGAUGCCCAUACCAUUUGCUCACAACUAGUGUUUUUUCCCCUUCCCAGAAGAUUCAGUUGAGUCUGACGUGUCUUGUUCGUGGACAGAUACCUUUCAUCUUGUUAUUUGCCUGCUAUCCAUAUUGAAUCCACACUCCUCUACAUUCUGACUCUUGAAUGUUGUUUCCAAUGUGCUGAAUACAGCAUGGAUCCGAUAUGGACACCAGGUGACCUUAUUAGUGCAUAUCUGUACUUUCUUCACCAGGAAAAAAACUAGUUGCUAAUAUGGCCCCAAUUGUAUUACAAAGGUGUUCAUGAGCAUAAGCGCUUAAUGCUCCAUGGCUGUGUUAGCGUAAUCUUUAGUGUUGCUUACAUUAUCUUAGUGUUUAUUUUUAGAGUGUGUACAUUUUGUGUGCACCGACACCCUAUGUAAAUAUCCUAAAUCAUCACACUUUCACCAUCUACAGUAAAAUGGUACAUUAUAUUCACAUCUUUCUACAGAACAGGUAUGUGAACUACUGGAAAAUGGUUAGUGUGUUCCAGAAAAUUGUCCAACUGUCUGUUAGAGUUGAACUCUGUACUCGAUCUGAGGCUACACCAGUCACAAAUGGUUUCACCAGACCACUUGAGUGCAGCAUUGUUUUAAUGCAGCUAUGGUACUUUUCUAGAUUCUGAUUAAAUUAAACCGUUUUAAAUGUUUCAACAUUAUCAACAAAGAACAAGUUAUGUUGGUUGGACUAUGUUUUAAGUUUUACUCCUGUCAUUGCUACUUUGUGUAAAAUGUACUCCAUCUUUUGUUUUUAUUAUUAAAUUAUUGCAAUUUUUAUGAUUGUUUUGUACAUGAAAUCACAGCAAAACUGUAUAUAUUUCAUUUUGAAUAAACAUAUUUAUAAAGUG